UUUCUUUUUUGCCUCUUUCUUCUCUCUUCUUUCGCGUUUCGAAGGUUGGGGAAAGCUUUCGCAGAAGAAAAUAAAAAAAAGCUAGAGAGAGAAUGUCAAUGUUUUUUUGAUGCUUCGUAUGGUAAUUAGGGUUUCUUUCUUUGUUGGGGUUUGAUUUCGUCUCCUUGGAGAACUGAAUCUCCCGCCUAUAUCGACGGCGUCUAAUUUCAUAUCCUUUUUCUCUCUCGUUGCUCCAAAACCCUAACUUUUACUACCGUCGGUCAUUAUUCACACUUUCUCGGCUCGAUUUGGUGUUGGAGGUGGUUAAAUCAGUGAUGGGCGCCCCCGAAAAGUCUCAAUCUAAUACCAAUUCGAUGCAGAGAGUGAAGGUCUAUCAUUUGAAUGAAGAUGGUAAAUGGGACGAUCGUGGAACUGGGCAUGUAAGCAUCGACUAUGUGGAGCGAUCUGAAGAACUUAGUCUAUUUGUAAUUGAUGAAGAAGAUAACGAGACGUUACUUGUGCAUCCCAUCAACCCUGACGAUAUAUACAGGAAGCAAGAAGACACGAUAAUCUCAUGGAGAGACCCAGAGCGCUCAACAGAACUGGCUUUAAGCUUUCAAGAGACUGCGGGCUGCUCUUAUGUGUGGGAUCAAAUCUGCACUAUGCAACGAAAUUUGCAUUUCAGCUCUUUGAACAGUGAAACAUUUCACAGCCUGAAUAGUGAGUUGAGGGAGCUUCCUGCUGUAGAACUUACUACUCUUCCCUUAAUACUGAAGAUUGUUACAGAGAGUGGCAUUACGGAUCAGAUGCGGCUAACUGAACUUAUUUUGAAGGAUCAUGAUUUUUUCCGGAAUCUGAUGGGUGUAUUUAAAAUAUGUGAGGACUUGGAAAAUGUUGAUGGCCUUCACAUGAUAUUCAACAUUGUCAAGGGAAUCAUUUUGCUGAACAGUUCUCAAAUCUUGGAGAAAAUAUUUGGAGAUGAACUGAUUAUGGAGAUUAUCGGAUGCCUUGAAUAUGACCCCGGUGUUCCUCACUCCCAGCAUCACCGGAAUUUCUUGAAGGAGCAUGUAGUCUUUAAGGAGGCUAUACCAAUUAAGGAUCCGUUAGUCUUGUCAAAGAUACACCAAACGUACAGAAUUGGUUACUUGAAGGAUGUUGUUCUGGCUAGAGUACUAGAUGAUGCUAUAGUUGCAAAUUUGAAUUCAGUAAUCCAUGCGAACAAUGCCAUUGUUGUUUCAUUGCUCAAGGACGAUAGCACUUUUAUUCAAGAGUUAUUUGCAAGGUUUAGGUCACCUACUACGUCUGUGGAAUCCAAGAAAAAUUUGGUAUAUUUCUUGCAUGAAUUUUGUAGUUUAAGCAAGAGCCUUCAGGUGGUGCAGCAGUUGCGACUUUUUAGGGACCUUAUUACUGAAGGAAUUUUUCAAGUCAUAGAAGAAGCCUUGCGGAUUCCCGACAAAAAACUUGUGUUGACUGGGACAGAUAUCCUGAUUCUUUUCUUGAAUCAAGACCCCAACCUUUUACGUUCUUAUGUUGUUCGGACAGAAGGAAACCCCCUCCUCGGUCUCCUGAUCUGAAGGUGCAUCCAGACGGAUUUUCACAAAGCCUGAAGUCCUAUUGAACAUAUGUGAAUUGUUGUGCUUUUGUAUCAUGCAAGAUGCAUCCAGAACAAAAUGCAGUUUUCUCCAAAAUAAUGUGACUGAAAAGGUUUUGCAUCUCACACGGAGAAAGGAAAAAUACCUAGUGGUUGCUGCUAUACGAUUUGUCCGUACUCUCCUAUCUGUCCAUGAUGAUUAUGUCCAGAACUAUGUGGUUAAAAACAACAUGCUGAAACCGAUCAUAGAUGUCUUCAUUGCCAAUGGAAACCGGUACAAUCUGCUGAACUCUGCAGUCUUGGAUCUGCUUGAGCAUAUACGCAAGGGAAAUGCAACUCUGUUGCUCAAAUACAUAGUCGAUACAUUCUGGGAUCAGUUGGCCCCAUUUCAGUCCUUGACCUCCAUUCAGGCUUUCAAGGUCAAGUAUGAACAGUGUUUAGAAAGUGCCGGACCAAAAAGCACUGCUGAUGCGGUUGAUCCAAGAAGACGAGUUGACGAGCGUGCGUUGGAUAAAGAAGAGGAAGAUUAUUUCAAUGAAGACAGUGAUGAAGAAGAUUCAGCCUCUGCUUCUAAUACACAGAAGGAAAAACCUGCUUCUAAUACAGAGAAAGAACAACCUAAGCCUCACCUUUCCAAUGGAGUGGCUGCAAGCCCUACUUCGUCAAGUCCAAGGUCGGGAGGCUUGGUCGAUUAUGAGGACGAUGAAGAUGAUGAAGACUAUAAACCUCCUCCACGGAAACAGCCAGAAGUCUCUGAGGAUGAGGAAGGCGAGCUUCUUAGGCUGAAACGCAAAUCCGCUUGUGUAGAAAGAGAACAAGAGCCGUCCAAGAAACCGCGGCUGGGUAAAAGUUCAAAAAGGGAAAAUGUAUUUGCUGUGCUAUGUUCGACGCUGAGCCAUGCAGUUCUUACGGGUAAGAAAAGUUCAGGCAGCACUGGAUCUGCAGCCCGGUCCAUAGUAGCUAAGGGAGCCGAGGAUUCGAGAAGUAGUGAAGAGAAUAAUAGCAGCAGUUCAGAUGAUGAAAAUCAGAAGGAUGAUGGAGUUUCUAGUUCAGAACACGGAACAUCAGACAACGGGAAGCUAAAUGGGGAAGAAUCUCUUGUAGUAGCUUCAAAAUCAUCACCUGAAAUGGCUGUAAAUGGAUCCUGAGAAUUAAACACUCUGGACUCUAUAGUUGAGGCUGGGGAUGGAAGGCACUCUCGUGGGUGCAAAUAAAACCUCCAGAGUUAAGACUGAGAAGGAGACAUGAGAACCGUAAAAGAAAGCUUCGGGCAACCACCGGAGGAAGAAAUGUAUAGUGAACGCCAUUUGAGAGGUAACAGGUUCUUCGUCCUUAGUGUUUGCAGCCGUUUUUUUUUAAAAAUUCAUCUUUGAAAAAACUUAGCAGUCUCUGGUCUGGUCAAUUGCCUAUUGUAUAAGACAUGGUCUAUCAGCAACUAACUCUUCUUAAUUCAAAGUUCCUAAUGGUUUCCUUCUUUAAAUCUCUUUGGUUUUUCUGGAAGUUUGUGUGUUAGGUGGUAGAUCAGGCAAAGUGUGUUAUAGUUUUCUUUUUUUAACAGUUAGAUGUUACACAUGAGAUAUAAGAUUUUGAUAUUUUUGUAUUCAGUUUUUGGAUUUUGUUUUAUAUCAUGAAGAGGUUCUUUA